UUGUAUAUACAUUUUGGAAUGCAGACCGGAUGAGCUGGUGGGCUGAUGCUAUCCAUCUGCUCUAACCCUCUAUCCCGGGUAUGCCUGGAUAGGUUUCUUGCAAGGAGUACCCGCCUAUCCUCUUUGCCAUGGACGCCAAUUCGCACUUUUACGAACCAUAGACUGCUGCUCGAAGAGCAAUUGGCAAUCCCAGUCCAACAGCACACUCCGCAGACCAGAGUUAGUGAUAUCCAGAAGACAUGGUCAAACCCGUACCCACGAGUAGGCCGUGAUCCAUUAGCACUCACAUGCGCGGAAUUUCGGUCGAAAUAUGACGGAAUACGGCCAGAUGAAACGGUAGAGGAGGACACCGUAGUAUUAUAUGGGAGGAUACGGUCUCAGCGAACCGCUGGAAAGAAGCUAGUAUUCUUCGACCUCGUUCACGGUGGACAUAAGGUGCAGGUUCUCUGCAACCAACGUGUCAUGGGAGAAGCAGGCAUACCGCCGGAGAAGUUCAAAGAGUUCUAUCUUCUACUCCGGCGUGGUGACUCUUUCUCUGUGACCGGAAAACCACACCGAACUGGCCGAGGAGAAUUGACUAUCAAAACGACAGGGCUACCCAGGCUCAUAUCGCCGUGUUUGCACGAUGUACCUGUGCAUCAAAAGGAGCUUGAGAUAUCUCCGUAUGACCGCCAUGUUGAGCUUCUUUCCAGCCCCAGUGCUUCCAACGUACUUCGAGCCCGGUCGCUGAUCACCCACUCCAUGAGGAACUUUUUUGCCGAAAGGGACUUCAUGGAGGUCAGCACUCCAAUCCUUGCUUCAAAAUCGGGCGGUGCGAUUGCGCAACCUUUCGUCACGAGUGCUACUGAGUUCCCAGAACGUCAGUUGUCCCUUAGAAUUGCCCCCGAGCUGUGGCUUAAACGCCUGGUUGUUGGAGGGUUUGACAGGGUGUUCGAAAUUGGGCCGUCAUUCCGCAAUGAAGGCCUUGACAAGACGCACAACCCAGAGUUUACCACGUGUGAAUUCUACCAGGCCUUUGCCGAUCUAGAAUCCCUGAUCGAGACGACAGAGUCACUUCUCUCGACCCUUGCUCCGGAGAUCCAACGACUCAACGAGAAGUUGAACAACUCGCUGAACCCGACGCCUGUGAGCUUUACAGGGCCAUAUCGACGAAUCGACUUCAUCCCUGCCAUCGAGGAGGCUAUUGGCAGGAAAUUACCCGACCUGCAGGCCGAGGACGCUCUACUCCAGGUCAAUCAAAUCUUCGCCGACCUGUCACUUCCGCUGCCGGCUCACCAGACGCUUCCCCGGCUGCUAGACAAGCUCUGUUCUACCUACGUCGAGUCACAGUUAAACGAGCCUACUUUUAUCCUAAACCACCCCGAAUGUAUGUCGCCGCUUUCUAAGUCAUACCGCCACCCGGAGAGUGGACAGGUGGUGUCCGCACGGGCCGAGCUGUUUGUGGAAGGCAAAGAAAUAAUGAAUAUGUACGAGGAAGAGAACUCACCUUUUGAGCAGCGACGAAAAUUCCAGCAGCAACUAUCUUUCCGAGACCCCGAGAAUGCCGGCGAACUGGACGAAGGAUACCUCCAAACACUCGAGUGGGGGUUGCCGCCUACUGGGGGCUGGGGAUGUGGUAUCGACCGUUUGUGCAUGCUGUUCACGGGUGCAAGGCGGAUCAGUGACGUGCUCGCUUUUGGGAAUCUGCGUAGUGUGACAGCCACGUCUGAACCUCGCUCGGCUCCAAUGCAGUGACGGAUGCAUGCUGCC